AAUUAUUUCUUGUUUUAUUUUUCUUCUCGUGUUCAUAAAAUCUUGAUCCUAUUUGCAGAAACCUUGCUAUUCGUGGUUUUGCUAAACAACAAAAUCUUCAAUAGUUUUUACUUUUUCUUCAUCAAAUUCCACCAAUGCAGGUUUGAAUGAUCUAAUGGAAACCAAAGGAGCCAAGAAGAAGUCCAGUAGUAGUGAAUCGUUAUUUUACGAAGCUCCCCUCGGCUACACUAUUGAAUACGUUCGUCCAAACGGUGGAAUCAAGAAGUUCAGAUCAGCUGCUUACUCCAACUGUGCUAGGAAGCCAUCUAUGGCCUUGGCAGUUUCUUCAAUCGGUUUUGAAGGCUUUGAAAAGAGGCUAGAGAUAUCAUUUUUCGAACCGGGAGUAUUUUUGGACCCUGAAGGAAAGGAUCUUAGAUCUCUAACAAAAUCCCAGUUAGACGAGAUUCUAGCACCUGCGGAAUGCAUCAUUGUUUCCUCACUGUCAAAUGAUAAGGUUGACUCUUAUGUUCUCUCUGAAUCCAGCCUUUUUGUUUAUCCAUACAAGAUCAUAAUCAAAACCUGUGGUACUACCAAAUUGCUGCUUUCAAUCCCACCGAUAUUGAAGCUAUCCGAGGCGCUUGGACUAACUGUUCGAUCGGUAAGAUACACCCGUGGAAGUUUCACUUUUCCAAGUGCUCAGUCCUUUCCUCAUCGCAGCUUCUCCGAGGAAGUAGCAGUCCUUGAUAGCUACUUUGCGAAGCUUGGAACAGGAAGCGUGGCUUAUGUUUUGGGUGGCUCAGACAGCACACAAAAAUGGCAUGUUUACUCUGCUGCUGCGAAGUCUGUGAGCUUAUUCGACUCAGUUUACACUCUGGAGAUGUGCAUGACUGGGUUAGACAAAGAGAAAGCAUCGGUUUUCUACAAAGAACAGUCUAGUUCAGCAUUCCUGAUGACUGCGAAUUCCGGUAUCAGAAAUAUUCUUCCGGACUCUGAAAUAAGUGAUUUUGAUUUUGACCCGUGUGGAUAUUCAAUGAAUUCUGUAGAAGGAGCUGCUGUUUCUACAAUUCAUGUUACUCCAGAAGACGGUUUCAGUUACGCUAGCUUUGAAACAUGUGAGUAUAAUUUGGAGCUAAUGAAUCUGAAUCAAUUGGUUGAGAGAGUGUUGACUUGCUUCCAACCUAAUGAAUUUAUGAUCGCUGUGCAUGUGGACGUUGCGAGCAAUUCAUUCGAGCAGAACUGUUUGCUGAACGUUAAGGGAUACUGCCGCGAAGAGAAGUGUUACCAGGAACUUGGUAGAGGUGGCUGUGUUGCCUUCCAGAAGUUCAUAAAGACUUCUGACUGUGGUUCAUCCUUUUCGACUCUGCAAUGCUGGAAAGAGAAGUUUAUCCAGAAGUUCGUCCUGAAAUUCAUCAAAACUUCUGAUUCUGUUUCUUUUACUUAAUGUGGUUGUCUUUUAUGGUUUUUGUGUUCCUAUGUAAAAUAAAGUUUGCCUUUCUGGCCUUUUCUUAUGGUACUUGUUUGUCAUUUAGUCAUUGGAUGCGUUGAGUUAUCCGUUGUUGGAUGUUUUGACAUUUUAAAUCGUCGUUGUUAUUUUCAUUUGACUGUUGAAUUGAAUAAUCAAGCAUAAUGUUUAAGUACAUCUUUUGGACUGCUUGAUUUUUCA